CCAGUUGAUAAUUCAUCAAUACGCUACAGCGUUCUAAUAUGAGAGAAGCUAAUACGAAAUCUUAGGGUAUUACAGAACCUAAUUGUGAAGUAUAGUGAAGUACAAUAUUGUCACAUCAUAUGUGUCUGUUAGUGCCUCUAGUAAUAGCUAGAUACAUACAGGGGAAGUAGUAUACAGAGAAAAAUCAGCAAUUACUAAAGAAAUGUGUCAGGUUCUCACUCUGGCUGUAUGUUUAUUUGCUGGUCACCUAACAGCACACAAUCACCAUGGCAACCAUGCUCAAGUGCCACCUGUACCUGGAUCUGAUGCAACACACAAUGUUGACAAGAUACAUGACUUCCAUGAUCCCACCAAAGAUUCAAAUCAUAUUAAGGAGCACUAUGAAGGUAUAGCCAACUUGGAUGAGGCCAACAUGACAGCAGAAGAAUUAGAAUUCCAUUAUUUCAAGCAACAUGACUUUGACAAUGACAGCAGGCUUGAUGGUUUGGAGAUUCUCUCUGCACUGACUCAUCUGAUGCCAUCUGAUAUAGAUGAACGUAAGGAAGGUGAAACUGUUGAAGAUCUCAAGGCUAAACAAGAGGAAACAUUCCAAUAUUAUGUUGACAUAAUAGACACUGUACUUGAGGAAGAUGACAUCAACAAUGAUGGUUAUAUGACAUAUCCAGAGUAUGUCAUUGCAAGACGUAGAGAUGAGGCACGUGAGGCGAAACAGGAGAAGGAAGAGAAAGAGAAAGAGGCCAAUGAAAAGAAGGAAAAUAAAGGAGCUGAUUUAUAG